ACAGCGCGCGGGCCGCGUUCAGUAAGGUGGUCAAGCGGGGCAUGGCCGACCCGGCGCGCGUGUCGGUGGGCGGCCACAGCUAGCUAUGGCGCCUUCAUGACCACCAACCUGGUGGCGCACGCCCCCGACCUGUUCGCCGCGGGCAUCGCCCGCACGGGUGCCGACAACCGCACCUUGACGCCCUUCGGAUUCCAGAACGAGGAGCGCACGCUUUGGCAGGUGCAUGACGUGUACAACCGCAUGUCGCCAUUCAUGGCCACUGACAAGAUCAGCAAGCCGCUGCUACUUGUCCAUGGCGAGGAUGACAACAACCCCAGCACCCAGUGAGCGAUUCUACCAGGCCACCACCCACAGCUAUGCGGGCUAUGGGCGGCUGGAUCCGGGCUACAUGACUGAGGACAGCGCAGCCUUGGGGCAGGAUGGCUCAGCCAGCGAGUGAGGGGUGGGACUGUGCAAUGACAGGAUGAGAGGGGGGAGGGCAAGCGGUAGAGUGAGAGGCUGAGACGAGAGGCACGCCAAGCUGUGGGCAGGGGGCACGAGGUGGAGGAGGUUGUGAAUGAGCACCUG